GCCUCUGUAGCCGCGGGAGGGGUCACACGUCGGCCGCUCCGCCCCUCUCUCCCAUGUGGCUGGCGAUCCUUCUCACGCCCUGACCGCCGCACUCACGCCCGCCCACCCGCCCGCACGCCCCCUGCAGUGCUCCCUUCGUAGGCCCCACCAACCCCCCCCGAAGGACAUACUCAAGGACACAGUGAAGAUAAUGAAGAAAAAAGUUACGAUCAUUGACUUCGGUGACAGGAGGAGGAGGAGGAGGUCUUGAGGGUCAGAAAAGAAGAAAAGAAAAAAAGAAGAAGGAAGAAGAGGAAGGACAGACAGACAGACAGACGGACGGACGGAUAAUAACACCCAAUUUUGUCGGUUUGGAAUCAUCUCACGGAACUAUCUCUUUUUCUCUCUCUCUUUAUGUGACUCAGAAAAGGAAAUGAUAACGGAAGAGGAUUAAAGAUAGACGGAGAGAACACACACACACACACACACACACACACACACACACACACACACCAUUAUGACGUGAGGAAGGACCAUAACAUCCUCCUUUUCCUCUUUUUACCUCCCCUCUUUCCUCUCCCUCUCUCCCACUCACUCCCAAGUCCACAGAGGGAGAGAAUCGGAACCUUUACCAAACAGAAUCAGAACCCACAAGAGGAUAAGAAACGUUAACAAGAGGAUUGACAAGACGAACGAGAGAUUCUGUAACGCAACCCGGAUCGCUACACUCAGGGAACUUUCCAUAUUAACGAAAACUUUAAUAGAAACCACAAAAAAUACCGGGAAAAUCACAAGAAACCGCAAGACGAAGAGAAAACAGAGACGUAGGAGGGUUUUAAAAUAUUCCCAUAAAUCAGAAAGGGACUAAGAAGAAGAAGGAGACGAAGAAGAAGAAGGAGAAGGAAAGGAAAGCAGAAAGAUACAAGUCCCAAUAUAUUAUCAGAGGAACCCAGACUGAAUAUGUAUUAACUCUCCUCUCUCUAUCUCACUCUCCUUCUUUUGGCUGGCACCCGCGGUCUGUACCCAAGUCAACCUUCUUUCCCUCCUUCCCUACCACAAGGAAAACAGACCCAGGGAAAGAGAGGAAAGAGAAAAAAAGAAACAGACCCACAGCAAGAUAGAAAGAGGAAACGGGGAGAAAAAGACCCAUUGGAAGAGAGGAAGAUAAAAACAGACCGAUAGCAAGAGAGGAAGAUAAAAAAAGAAAGGAAGAAGCAAGAGAGAAAAUAAAAAGGAGAGAAGAAAAAAAAAAACAAGAAGAGAGGAAACCAAAACUACACCAAACCAUUAGAAAAACCAACCAAACCAAACCAAACCAAAAUCAAGACCGGAAAACAACAACAACAACAACAACGCAAUCCAACUCGCCAUAAUGGGUUCCAACUCUACGAACUCCGCGGCCACAUCUACAGCGACUACUUCCACGGCUACUACUUCUACUUUAACGAGACCUGCUCCUCCUCCUCCUCGUGCUCCUGCUCCUCCUCCUUCUGCUGCCUUCACCACCACCACCACCUCGUCGUUCGCCCGUGGCUCCCUCCACCGUCACCUGCUGCUUCUCCUCCUCUCCUCCUUAUUAGCGAGACCAGGUUCGGCGUUGAAGUGGAUUCGGUUCGACGUGCCGGAGUGGGCGAUGCGGGGCGGGGAGGUGAUGCUCACAUGUCAAUUCGACCUCGCGCAGGACCGCCUCUACUCCGUCAAGUGGUACAAGGCGGGCCGGGAGUUUUACCGCUUCGUGCCGGCGGAGCAGCCACCCAAACAGGCCUUCCCCUUCCAAGGCGUUACUGUGGACACGGACCGGAGCAACGAGCAGCAGGUGGCGCUUAAGGGGGUCAACCUGGACACGGCCGGGCGGUACAAGUGCGAGGUGCUGACGGAGGCGCCGCUCUUCAAGACCCUCGUCAAGUCCUCCUCCCUCACGGUGUAUGAGCUGCCAGACGGGGCUCCCAAGGUGAAGGGGGGGCAAGACACGUACCGGACAGGUGAAGUGGUCAACCUCACCUGCGAAGCCCCGAAGUCUAUCCCGGGGACCACUCUCACCUGGUACAUUAAUGAUCAACAGGCGCCGCAGGACUACCUCGUGGAGUACCGUUCCACGCCCGAUGAGGAGGGCCGCGUGGCUUCCCGUCUGGGCCUCCGCUUCAACGCCCAAGAGUGGCACUUCCCCGACGGCCGCCUCGCCCUGCGCUGCUCCGCCUCCCUCAAGCCCGUGUACAGCGAGGAGGCGAAGCACGAGGGAGUGGUGGCCCCCCGCAGCCCCCUCAGCCUGGGCCAUGAUGCUAGUGGUUCUUCUCCGGGAGUGGUGAGUGUGGUGAUGGUGAUGAUGGUGCUGAGUCUGGUGCUGGCCUUCACCACUCUCCACUAACACCUCGGCGAUGCUGUUCACCACGACGCGCUCUUGUGGUGAUGAAGGUGGUCACUGUAUGAUGCCACGCCCAACCCUCCCUCACCACUAACUGUCAUCACCACCAUCACCACCACCACCAUCAUACCGCUCUUCAUUGUACUGGUGGUGGUUGUCACUAUACCUCUGCAUCACCAUAACACCUCAGGCUCAUGGUGGUGAUGGCUGGCGUAACAUCACCUAUCACCACCGCUUUCUCAGUAAUGGUGAUGGUGGUGGUGAUGGUGAUGGUGGUGAUGAAGCCUCCUUCGCCACUAGUAUCACCACCAGUAUGAGUAAUGGUAACAUGGUGUUGAAGCCUCCUAGUAACACCAUACCGCUAAUCACCAUCACCACCACCACCACCAUCGCCUUAGUAAGUGGGUGAUGACAGUGACGGUGGUGAUGGUGGUGGUGAUGACAACAGCCCCACCACAACUUCCAAACACCACACAUCACCACACAAGUAUUCCUCAAGCAUGGCCGUGAUGGUGAUGAUGAUGGUGAUGAUGGUGAUGACUACUACGUAUGGUGCACGCCCAUUCGCUUAUGACUCUAUGGUGACUGAUGCUGCUUAAGUGUGAUAUGGUGACCCUCUCCUCCUUGCUGUUCUAUGGUGACCUCGCUGCCAGAACGUAAAAAUAGUGACUGGUGAACGAAAGCUUAAGAAAAAAAAACAUGCUAUUAAUAGAACGCUACACAACGCUGGACAGUUUUCUCUCUUUUUUUUUAUUUAACCUGUUUACACUUUCAUUUUCAUCAGCAAAUCGCAAUAUAGAUAAAGUGAUUUCACACACACACACACACCCACACACACACAUCAACGACACUAAUGCGAAAAAUUGUAACUAAAACACUACUCGCUUGCACACGAAAGGUUGAAAAAAAGAGAAUAUAUAUACCUUUAAAGCAGUGAUGGACUAUUGAACGAGUGGGCGAGAGUGAGGGAUUACGUUGUAGCCGUGCUCAGAACGAAAUAUAUGAGGCACUGAGAAUGAAAAGCAACGUAAAAUGAGAGAAACGUGACAAAUUUCGUUCCCCAAGUUUUCUGUCCGAGGUGACGCCGCCAACUUUUCAGGAACUAUGAGAAGGUUAAUGUGAAGGCGAAAUAUCAGGCGCCAAAAAAAUCAUAGGCGAGAAGAUAAAAAGAGAGAAAAAGAAGAGAGAGAAAGAAGUCGAGUGUGAUCCUUCGUCAGAAUUCUGCGACUCAUUUUAUUACGAAGCUUCGGAUAAAAUGCUGAACCCGAAACAGCGGAACAAAUUAAAAAAAGUGAACGGAUGAAGUUGAAACAAGCUUGAUGGUUUCGACUGAAGCUUUUGAAACGAGUGAAACAACUACAACUACCAAUACUACUACUGCUACUACUAUUACUAUUGCUACGACUAUUACUGCCGCUACCGAUACUACUACUACUAAUACUGCUACUGCUUCUACUACUAUUACUUCUACUUUAACAAAAACACCAUGAACAAAAAAAAAAAAAGAUAAAAAUGGCCUCAAGAACUGUACCGCCGAACGACUCCAAACAAAAAGGUAUUAGAACAAAACUAAGUGAACGUACGAAAGAAUAUGAGACGCGAACGAAACGGGAGGUGAACGUAGUUGUGUGGACGAGGCGAGGCGUCCUGAAUGGAUAACAAUACUCGGAGUUUUCUAAAGGAUGAAGAAUUAGCAUAUUAGUUACAAAGGGAAAAAAAAUAACGUAUACAUAUAUAUAAAUAAGUUUAGCUGACUACUUAGUGAUAAUCCAUAAGCUUUCACGAUAUUGGAGUCCGCUGCUGCUAUGAUAAUGAUGAUGACGAUGAUGAUGAUGGUGGUGAAAAUGGUGACUGAAAAAUGCCGUUGUUGCGAUGAUAGUUAUGCUAAUGAUGAGAAUAAUGACGGUGAUUAUAUUGAUGACGAUGGUGAGGAUGAUGAAAGUAGUGAAUAGUGAUGAUAAUGAAAAUAGUGAAAAUGAUGACUGGGAAAUGCUAGUUGUGAUGAUAAUGAUGAUGAUGAUGAAAAUGAUGACUGAGAACUAAAAAAAGAUUGUGAUGAUGAAAAUAAUAAUAUUGAUGGUGAUGAAAAUAGUGAUGCCCGUGACGGUGAACUGUUGAUGGUGAUGAUGAUGAUGAUGAUGGUGAAGAUGGUGAAGUAAUAUAAAGAUCAUACUAUAUACAUCUAUGUAUACAAAACCCAUAAGUUACUAUGUACAUAUGCACUUGUACUGUAUAUUCGUGUGUGUGUGUGUGUGUGUGUGUGUGUGUGUGAAUAUGUAGAUGAGAGAGAGAGAGAGAGAGAGAGAGAGAGAGAGAGAGAGAGAGAGAGAGAGAGAGAGAGUAAUCAGGUAUAGCCGGCAGGUAAUCAGCUUCUGCCAAAAUACGUGAUGAAAUUCUAAUUAACUUUCAAAAUCUCUUUCUUUCUCUCACUUUCCGCGAAAAGUGCAGAAAAUCAUUUAAUAUCGCCAUUGUCAGAAAUAUUACCAUUAUUAUUAUUAUCAUUAUUAUUAUUAUUAUUAUUAUUAUUAUUAUUAUUAUUAUUAUUAUUAUUAUUAUUAUUAUAUCAUUAUUAGCAGUAACAGUAGUAGGCCUAUUAUAAUUAUUUUAACAGCAUUAUAAUUCCGAUUUUUUUUAAUGUAAUACUUAAAAUUAUUAUCGCUGCUGCUGUUGCAAGUAAAAUCUUUGUUACUCUAAGUUAGAAAUGUAUAGAAAUGUGUGUUUUGUAUAUUCUGAUAGAGAGAAUAUUAGAGUGAAAGUAAAAGUGUGUGUGUGUGUGUGUGUGUGUGUGUGUGUGUGUGUGUGUGUGUGUGUGUGUGUGUGUGUGUGUGUGUGUGUGUACGCCUAUCUAUCCCUCCUCAAAGUACCCAAACAGCAGCUCAUCCAGACGGCAAACAAGAUCGAUCAAACAAAUAAACAAACGAACGAACAAAAUCUGAAUAAGGAAAACCAAGAACACAAACCAGGAAUAAACAAAAAUUAGGAAAAAAAAUGGUAAAAUUAUUCCUAAAACCCCGACGGGAAAAAAGACUUGUUUUCGUGGAUCAGCUGUGAACAUGUUAAUAAAAAUGAAUGAUA